UUCCCCCUCGUCUCUCUCUCUCUCUCUCUCUCUCUCUCUUUGUGCUCUUCCACGACCAAUUCCCUCAUCUCUCCGUUCACCCUCCCACGUCUCUCCUCUAUCUAAUUUUUUUUUUCUCCCCUUAAAUUUAGCAACAAUGUAUUCGAUCACGCACAUCGGUUUAUCCGGGGCGUCUCUCUCCUCUUCGUCUUCACUCUUUCCCCCCUUUUGGAUUCGGGGAGAGAGCUAUGGGAGUUUCCGAUUCGACCUUCUCCGUCGGAGAGAUCUCGUUGUGGUUUUAGUGGAGGAGGGUUAGGGUUAGUGUGAGGCUUCGGAUUGUGCAGAUAUUGUUUAAUCGGUGAAUUUGAUGUCAUGCAACAACACAUCAUUAAAUUACAAUUAAAUGGAGAUGACUGCAAGUACCAUCCUGGAAUCUACAAAAUGCUCUCAACAUGACAUUACCUCUCGUGUCUUCCCUAGUCCGUGCCCAAGCCCUCGAUCAUUUGCAAACCCAGAAGCAACAUAUGAGGGACCAUCAAGCAACAAGACAAAUUUGGAAACAAUCGACAACGACAGUGCUUUUUAUUUGAAGAAUUUGGAUACAUACCCAAGUGGGCCAAGUCACUACCCAACCGCAUGUCCAAGUCCCAAAUUGCUGACAAUCUCAGAAACAAAUUCUACCUCACUAUCAACCACAAACUCCACAGAAGUACAUACAAUUACUGCAUAUACAAUGACUAGCGCUGGAAACUAUACUGAUUCCAACACCACACUAAACAGAUCCAGUGUCAGUAGCGAUAGGAGUGAUAGCAUAGAUGGUAACACUCCCAUGCCAAACAUAAGACGGCACACCGGUGGUGAUUGCCGUUGGGAGGCCGUCCAACUGGCUAAUUCUAGAGACCCACCCCUUAGUUUAGGUCAUUUUAGGCUCCUCAAGCGAUUGGGAUAUGGGGAUAUUGGUAGUGUCUAUCUUGUUGAACUUAGGGGAACCGGUACAUUUUUUGCAAUGAAAGUGAUGGAUAAGGCAUCCCUUGUCAAUAGAAAUAAGCUUAUUAGGGCACAGACAGAGAGAGAGAUUCUGAGCCUUCUCGAUCAUCCCUUCUUGCCAACGUUAUACUCACACUUUGAGUCGGAGAAGUUUUAUUGCUUGGUCAUGGAGUACUGCAAUGGUGGGAACCUCCAUUCUCUCCGACAGAAGCAGCCUAAUAAGUAUUUCACUGAACAAGCUGCUAGAUUCUAUGCAUCCGAGGUGCUGCUCGCGCUUGAGUACCUGCACAUGCUUGGUGUCGUGUAUCGUGACCUGAAACCGGAAAACGUGCUGGUCCGGGAAGAGGGCCACAUCAUGCUCUCUGACUUUGACCUCUCCCUGCAAUGCUCCGUUAGCCCGACCCUUGUCAAAUCCUCUUCUGUCCACUCUGCCAUCAACAGCAGUGGCAAAGGCAUGCUUGACGGUGGGAGCAUCAUCCAGGUCUGCAUCCAACCAUCGGCAUUCCUCCCCCGCAUUUUCCCAAAGAAACACCGCAAAUCAAGAUCCAACUUUGGGAUGGGCCAUCGCUCGUCCUUGGAAUUCAUGGCAGAGCCCACGAACGCGCGGUCAAUGUCAUUUGUCGGGACCCACGAGUACCUCGCACCAGAAAUCAUCAAAGGAGAGGGGCACGGCAGCGCAGUUGAUUGGUGGACGUUCGGCAUUUUCCUGUAUGAGCUCUUGUACGGGAACACCCCUUUCAAGGGGUCGGGUAACCGCGCCACGCUUUUCAAUGUUAUAGGGCAGCCACUAAGAUUUCCGGAUUCUCCACCUGUGAGCUCUGCUGCACAGGAUCUUAUUCGCGGAUUACUUGUGAAGGAUCCGGGAAAACGGUUCGCAUAUCAGAAGGGUGCGACAGAGAUUAAGCAGCAUCCGUUCUUUGAGGGCGUGAAUUGGGCGUUGGUGAGGAGCGCCAGCCCGCCACAUGUUCCAGAUCCCGUGAACUAUGGACAAUUUGCUGUUGUUAGUAAGGAGAAGAAGGCGGCAGAGGCUGUUAUCGUCUCUGGGGUUACUACCUCAGAAGGGAAGUGCGACUCUAGUGGUUCUUCUUACCUUGAUUUCGAGUAUUUUUAGAGUGGCGCUGUUUUAUUUAAAGAAGAGCUGCGCCAGGAACUUUUACCAUUUUCCCUUUGAGAGCAAUAGUGUCAUAAGUGCUCUGAUCUUUGCGAUUAUAGAGUUAUUAUCAUUAAGUGAAAUGCAUACACUUUGCUUCUCAAGUGCGGGGUACUCGCAGGACUGUCGGAUUGUUGCUCUUAGCACGCAACAAAGUUUGUAUUUGCUCACUCCUUUUCACAUCUGUCAUGUUUUUAUUUUGUAAGAAGUGUAACACUUAUUUGAAUCAUAUGUGUUUUGUUUGGGGGGUAAGAUAAAUGUCAAAGCGAUGUGCGCCACCUUGUAUGACAAUUUUGUUUGUUAAUUUUCUUUUUCUAUAA